AGCGAGUAUGAACGCGGUUGAUUAUGUCAGGCUUAAAUAUCUGAUCUUUUCCUGUUGUUUCUUUCUCGGCUUUCUGCAAAUUUUCUUACAACCUCAAAUUCUUCGCCCAAUAUAUCCGUGUGGGACCCUUUCAUAGAAAUUAUCUACAAAUAAAUUAUAAGCAAUCACCCCUUGGUUUAUUCUCCUUUUGUUCAUUCUUCUCAUCUCCAUUGAGACUACAUAUAUAAUCACCCUUCUCUUUUCUUCUUCUUUCUCAGUCUGGCGAAUAACCUGCGGCAGAUAGUAUGAGUCAACCCAACCAAGAUUGGAUGAUAUGACUGUGCACAAGCAGAGGCUUAUCCUCCAUCGACACCAGUGAUGGCUUAUCCUCCACCGGGUCAGGCUUAUCAGCACCACCAAACACCACCACCUGGAUAUCCCACCACCGUGCAAGGUGUCCAGGUUUCAUCACACAUCACACCUGAGACCAAUAGUAAGGGUGAAGGUUUCUGGAAAGGAUGGUGGGUUCUCUCAUCACUUUCUCUGUUGCUGCGAUAUGCUGCUGCUGGGUCCUGGAAUUUUGCUGUGGAUGCUGAUUAUUAAGAGUUCAUUACCGUUAUCAGUUUAUGUGAAAUAAUGAAUACUUUUUUCCCUUUCCUUUUACUUGCUGAGUACUUGUAUGGGAGUUAAUUAAGAUAUUAAAGGAAAAAAAUGAAUUUUUAAUUUCCCCCUAAA